AUGCAGUGUAUAUAUAUUUAGACAGCAAUAUAUAGCACCACUGUACAACAGGAGUGUGAUACAGUGGAAGAGUUCCCACAGCAAGAUGGCACAGCAUCUUCCAGUCAUGAAGACUGUGGUACUGGCGCUUGUCUUACUAGGCUAUGCCUCAGCCCAAGAUGAAUGCAACCCGCGCCAGUUUGAGUACGACAGCGUAGUGUGUGUCUGCGACGCCUCCGGCUGCGACCAGCCGGGCAUCAUCAACUUCCCUGAAGAAGGCAGCUUCACCGUCGUCACCUCCAGCAGGGACGGCCUCAGGUUCAACGUGGAGACCUUCCCCGUCUCCAGUGAAGUGAGCUCAGGCGCUGUGGUGGUGACGCUGAAUCGACAAGACACUUUCCAGACCAUGAUAGGCUUUGGUGGCGCCUUCACCGACGCCACGGGUCUCAACCUUCUCACUCUUCCAAGCGAGGCUCAGGACCUUGUUCUCAGAGCCUACUUCGCACCUGAAGGAAUAGGCUACAACCUGUGUCGUAUCCCCAUCGCUGGCAGCGACUGCUCCACCAGACCCUACUCCUACGACGACGUCGAGGGCGAUGUGGACCUCGAACACUGGAGUCUAACUGAUGAGGAUUAUAACUAUAAGAUUCCACUGAUCCUGAAAGCAAAGGAGCUGUCACAACAGGAAAUAAAGUUGUUCGGGUCGCCCUGGUCUCCCCCGUCCUGGAUGAAGACCAACGGCAUGUUCAAUGGGUCGGGAACACUGCUGACAGAGAUGUGGCAGCCCUGGUCCAAUUACAUCGUUAAGUUUGUGGAAGCGUAUGAGGCAGAGGGAGCCGAAUUGUGGGGCCUCACACCUCAAAAUGAACCACUCAGUGGGUUUCAAGACUGGGGGUGGAACACGUGUGGGUGGACGGCUGAGGACAUGCGAGACUGGCUCAAGACCACCCUGGGGCCCACGCUGGAGGCUGCCGGGAUGCGGCGUCUCAAGAUGAUGGUUGAUGACUUCAACAGGGACACUCUUCCAGAUUACGUCCAGCCUGUUGUGCAGAUGCUGGAGGACCCUGAGUGCGCCCAGUACAUAGACGGAACAGCGGUGCACUGGUACUCUGACAGGUAUGUGGGGCCUGACGUCCUCGACCAGACACAGGCACUCGACCCAGACAAGUUCCUUCUCUACACCGAGGCUUGUCAAGGUUACGACGUUGAGGGCUCCUUGAGCGUGAUGCUGGGGUCGUGGGCCCGCGCCGAGGAGUAUGCUCACUUCGUCACGCAGGCCGUGAACCACCACUCGACGGGCUGGGUGGACUGGAACAUGGCUCUGGACACGCUGGGGGGACCCAACUGGGCUAACAACUUCCUCGACGCUCCCAUCAUCGUUAAUGCUGAGGCGGGUGAAUUCUACAAGCAGCCAAUGUUUUACGCUUUGGGUCACUUCAGCAAAUUUGUGUUGCCUGGUGCUGAGCGCAUAACGUCGUCCACCACACAAACGACACUGGAAUCCGUCGCCUUCAACGACCCAUCGGGACGCGGGGUUGUCGUUCUCCUCAACACAGGUGAUGGCGGGAUUGACGUGUCCGUGGAUGAUGGCUCAGGCUCUUACCUCAACUACAACAUGCCUGCCAAAUCCAUUCAGACCAUUCUGUACUAAUAUCAUGUAAUACAUGAUCAGAUCCUUUCCUUAGAUCAGACUUAAAAUGGUCCCUUGACAGUGGGGUACAAGAUUUCGACAAAGCUGACGUUCAAGGUUCUAGUCUAUACUAUUCGAAAACUUUGUUCCAUAGGCUACUUGAUCUGACCAUGUUGUUGUUUAAGAUUCGCUACCCGAACAAAAAGUUCCAAUUAGCACGGGCUAUGGUGAGCCCGUAGUCUCGACAUAGAUUUCGGUUCCAACAGCAGCCAGAGAACUGUAUUCAAUAAAUACAUUAGUGGUU